AUGCAGCUCCCUGUCCUUUUGCUCAUCUCUGUCCUUGCAUGUGUUACAUGUGCCAAGUCUCACCAAGCAGAGGGUGAACCACCAGAAAACUACCAAGAGGUGGCUCCUGGUUACCUGGAUUCACAGAUGGAUGAAAGUUUGUUUCCGCACCCAACGUCAGAUGAGAGAACUGCACUGAAUAUAUUGCUUAGGACAAUUUUACAUAACAGACCUGCCCGGAGUUCCUUCCAGUUCCAGCCCCAGAGGUUUGGAAGGGACGAGCGCAGCACAAUGGUGGGAGACAGCAGAAUACAUUCACGAGGAUGGGAUUCAAUGGCACCUCAGUUCUGGAGCAUGGCAGUACCUCAGCGUUUUGGAAGAAAGAAGUGAAGAAAAAAAAAAAGAUUGGUUGACUCGUGUCUCAGAUGUACUGUUCGGAAAAGCUGCAAAGUACAACAAUCAAUACAAGACAUCACACAAAGAACAUGGACUCUCACUCAUCUCACCAAUACUAUAUAUUGAUAGUCAAACAUUUUGUAAAUAUUAUCAGUGUGUGAUUCAUCUAGCUCACAACCAUAUUUCAUCCAUAAGAAGCAGCAAUUUCCAACCCUGAAGAUCAUAACUUGCCAUUUGUCAUACAUGUAUUGCUCCUUACCACACUGUAAAGAGAGGCCAUCUUUAAUGUUUAUAUGUCAGUUGAUUUUGCAAACUCAUCA